CUUUUGUUCUGAUAAUAAUAGCUUUGUGGGCCUGCACUGGUAUUGGAGUCUUUCCGGGGUCUAGACAUCACUUCUGCCUUGCUUGAGUGUUAGGAACCACUGAUGUCCAGGUAGUAGUUUAUGCGCAGAGUUUGCACCAACAGUCUGCGCAACAACUUUCAAGAGAACCUCUGGUUUUGGCGGAGAGGCAGCGCUUAAAGGUUUCAGAGAACUACUGCGACGGCUAGCAGUUCGCAGCUAAUAGUUAGCCGCAUCCGCAGAGAGGGAUGUCUGAAGUUAGUCUUGAGGCUGAGUCGGGGAAGACCUCAGCAGAGGACCCUCAGAGGGAUUGUGAGGAGGCUGAUGAAACAGAGGAGAGUUUGAGUGAGGAUGUGCCUCCAGAGGUAGCACCCAGUAGCAGGGGAGGAGAGGACAAAGCUGACGUACUGUAUGAGAUUGAUAUUAACAGUGAUGAAGAAACCGCAGAGUCACGCAGUAAGGAUGCUCAGGUGCAGGACGAGGGUCCUCUGUCGGGAACCGUGGCAUCCAGCAGGGUGGGCAGCGGGGCUAAACUCCAGGCUGAAUCGGCCGGAACACCAAAGGGAAACGGAGAUUCUCUCUCAGAAACAAAGGAGAGCACAAUGGCUGAUUGUCACCGAGGCUCAGCCGCUGAGAUCCCCGUCACCAGCAAUGGAGACCUGGAUCAGAGUCCAGACAAGGUGUUCCUCAGGGAUUCCCACUCCGCUCCCCCAGGGAGCGUGAAGGUCUCGGACUCUUCUGUCUCUGCUAGCAGCUUCGUCUCACCACCAGAGGGCGUCAUAGAAUCAGGACCACACAAAGAGUCGGCAAGCCUGCCCUCUUCUCCUGUGAGUCCUGUAGCUCCCAGCUCGGCUGUCGCCAGCCGCCUGGCGCGCUCCUUCAGCGAUAGUCAGGCGGACUCAGGCACAAUGAAAACUCCACCGGGCAGCGGAGCGGUGGUCCUGUCAGACGACUUGAAGAACCCCGCCAUGGAAAAACUUGACCUAGUCAGAAAGUGGAGCAUCAACACAUAUAAAUGCACCCGGCAGAUCUUGUCGGAGAAGCUGGGCCGCGGCUCCAAGACCGUGGACCUGGAGCUGGAGGCGCAGAUCGAGCUGCUCCGCGAAAACAAGAGAAAGUACCAGAAUGUGAUCAAGCUGGCUCAGGCGCUGGCCAGUCAGCUUUCCCAAAUAAUGCAGACUCAGAAGCUGCUGGGCGACGCCUUCGCCGACCUCAGCCUCAAGUCACCUGAGCUCCAUGAGGAGUUUGGUUACAACGCCGACACACAGAAGCUUCUGUCCAAAAAUGGAGAGACUUUGCUGGCUGCCAUCAACUUCUUCAUCUCUAGCGUGGACACACUUGUAGACAAAACAAUCGAAGACACCAUGAUUAAUAUCAAACAGUAUGAGGCUGCUAGGGUCGAGUACGACGCGUAUCGUACGGAUUUGGAGGAACUGAACCUCGGGCCGCGUGAUGGAAACACCGUGCUGAAGAUCGAGCAAUCCCAGCAGCAAUUCCAGAUCCACCGCGAGAAGUUUGAAAGGAUGCGGAACGAUGUCUCUGUGAAGCUGAAGUUCCUGGAGGAGAACAAGGUCAAGGUGUUGCAUAACCAGCUCAUCCUCUUCCACAAUGCUAUAGCUGCAUACUACGCUGGGAACCAGCAGCAGCUGGAGCAGACUCUCAAGCAGUUCCACAUCAAGUUGAAAAUGCCUGGCGGGGAAAGUCCCUCCUGGCUGGAAGAGCACUAAACACUCCCGGCUGGCUGAGCUUGACCAAACCUUCCCACGGAAACUACAGAAACCUUCCUCCUCCUGUAACUGUUGCUGCUUUUCCAGCUUCUGAAAUGAAAUCUUCUAACAAAAGGAACAAAUUCCUGAACUCCUUUUGGCUAUUCUUCCUAAAUCAUUUCUGUCGUUCUUUCAAAUCAUAAGAGACGCACUUUUUCUACUGUUGGACAGAUCUUGUUGAAUGGGAGGUCCAGCAGUAAACACUUUAUGAAACUCUAAACGGCCUUUUGUACUCCAGAAUAUGAAUGUUCGUAUUCCAGCACACCACACAUGUUGGCGUUCCAGCGGCAGCUACUGGACAAGGACUGCUGUUAAAUCUCACAACAAUCUUGGUUCUUUUCUUUCUUUUUUUUGUAUUAGCUGACUGAAAUGAUCGCUUUACUACAGUUAAAACAAAAGCUUUUUGUUGUCAGGACAAAUUCCGUCUUGAAUUCUGUAAUUUGGUUUUUAUUUUCACUAUCAAGCUGCGACUUUGGGGAGUGCGCUUUAUUUGUAAUGUGGUUAACAUUUAGCUGAGACAGUGUGUGUGCUUUGUCCUCUGCUGCUGUGUGUAAGGCCUCAAAUGUCUGCCGGUCAACACCUCCAGCAUUGAUUGAUC